CAUUCGCCAGUUGGCGCUUGGAGCCAGUCAUAACAGCAUGUCGCCCAAUUUCGAUGUGCAGCUGUUGAUACAUGCAGUCUGCCACCGACCUGCUCUUUGGGAUAGAACGCUCAACGUGUACAAGGACCGUAGUGAAGCCGUCAAAUGUUGGGAUGAAGUUUGCUUGCUGCUCAACGAAGAUUUCACAACUCUAUCCGAUGCAAGACAGGAUAAGUUUAGAAGGGACGUUAUAGCCAAAUGGAAAAUACUCAGGAAUAGCUUUAGGUUAACCGAUGAUAGAAUGAAGAGGGAUAGGGAAUCUGGAGUCCCUGAAUCACGUAUUAAAAAGUCUAUUUUCCACAAAGAAUUGGAAUUUUUGCGGAAAAUUUUCCAGCACAGGAAUGGAAACAUUAAUAGUAGAAGCAAAAUCAGUUCACAGGAAAGUGCUGAUGGAUACAACAAGCCAUCAGGUGAAACAAUGGAGGGCCCUCAUAGAGAUGACCUCAUAGAAGGUCCAGAGGAGGUGGACAUAGACGAGCUUGAUGAAACUGAUGCCACCUUUCACAUUAUUAUCGACAAUAGAAAUGAUCCAAGGUCCUGCACUCUACGUUCAUCUACUAAAACUACUACUGCUACUCCUAAUUCUACUUCUCUAAAUAAUACUUCCAACGAAUCUGAAGAAUACAAGAAGAAGAGACCCAGAGAGACUCAGAAAUCUGUUGAAUUUGAGGCAAAAACAGUCGAGAAUACUAGUUUCAACGAAACAACUACUUCCCAGGAUACUGAGGAAUACAAAGUGAAGAGACCCAGAGAGACUCACAAGCCUGUUGAGAUUGAGGCAAAAACAGUCGAGAAUUCAACUCCAACUACUUUCCACGAUACAACUAGUCCUACUUCCCACGAAAAUGAGGCAUGCACAACGAGGAGACCCAGUGAGACUUGCAAACCGGUUGAAUUUGAGGCAAAAACAGUCGAGAAUACUAGUUUCCACGAAACAACUAGGCCUAUUUCUAACGAAACUCAGGCAUACAAAACAAAGAGACCCAGUGAGACUUGCAAGUCGGUUGAAUUUGAGGCAAAAACAGUCGAGAAUACUAGUUUCCACGGAACAACUAGGCCUAUUUCUAACGAAACUCAGGCAUACAAAACAAAGAGACCGAGUGAGACUUACAAGCCGGUUGAAUUUGAGGCAAAAUCGCCCAAGAAGGUACAAAUCCAAAAUAGACACAUGGCUUUCAUGCAAGGACUUCUGCCAACUCUCAACAGUUUCACAGAUGACGAAGUCCUCGACUUCCAAGCUGGGGCACUGGCCUUGAUUCAAAACAUAAAGCGUGCUCGGAGAAUUAGAUAUUAGAUCAUAGGGUGCUGAACAACUCCAGGUUCCUCAGAAUUUUGGAUGAGGAUAUUAAAGCACUCCUCAGCAAAUCUAACAGCAUCAUUCAUGAAUGCUUUUUUGUAUUCCCAGGAAUUCUUCCAGGCUCAUAAGCCUACUUUAGUGACAUUCCACUAUGACACUACAUGAUACAAAUGUCCGAUGGCUCAACAAUGUCUCCCUCUUCUACAUUAUUCCAAAUCAAAUUUGGCUCGAAAUAAUGAUGACUUAUGUAUCUUACUCAUAUAUUUAUCUAUCCAUGACGAACUGCAAGUUAAUAAUCCGUUUUGAAAUAUUUUUGACGACACUAGAAUCUAAUUUUUGAAUAUUAGUUAUUAAAAGAUAGUACUCACGUGUGGAGCACUUUCAGAUUUUUUAAAAUCCAUUUUCAACACUGAGUGCUGGUUGUAC